UCACUGUGCCCGGCACGACGUCCGAUGAUCAGACCCAGGCAGGGACGACCUGGCGGUCGAGCGUCGAUGGGGCGGCGCGUGGGUGGGGGCGGGGGGGAUGUGCAGGUUAGACAGCUGAUGGGCGUCAGCAGCUAUCCUCGCCUCCACAGUCACCGACGCCGUCGGCUUCUCAGGCGGGCACUCACAGGUGUGCCGCCAUGUGCGUGUGUCCUGGGCCAUCUCGUGGGACUUGUCAUCACCGACACCCAGCUGGACGCACAUUCGCCUGUUGGUGGGGGCGGUCUCCUGCCGCAGCACCACGCCCCAGGUGCCGGGGCGGCCGGCCACGAAGCCGUUUGGGAAGAAGUGCAGGGAAAAGGUCACCCAGCCGUCGUUGGGCACAUCAACGGAUACCGGCCCUGUGUGGUGUAAUGCAGACUCAUGCUCAUGGAUGGAUGGAUGCAGUGUGUGUGUGUGUAUGUGUGUCUUUGUGUUCCGUACCACUGUCGAUGUACUGCCCCCUGGGGACAUCCCUGAGCUUCUUCGGCAGCUCUGUGAUCGUCCAGGUGAUGUGCCCUGCACACAUCCCAUACCCACACCCACACACAAACCGACAGCAGGCAAAACACAUGAAGACGAUCAUCACAUACACAUGGCGUAUAUCUCACAUACGCACGUCACAGUCAUACCGUCCGCAGCUGCGAUGGAUGCGGCCUCCCCUUGCGGCUCCGUGGACUGAGGUGGGGACGACGGAGUGACCUUGACGGGAGGCAGCUCAGCUGGCGCAGCACCAGCAGCAUCGCCAGCAGCAGCAAGUAGUGGUGGCGCCUCCCCCUCUCCCUCUCCCUGUUGCUCGCCUUCUGCCUCUGCUGUCGUCUCCUCCUCUGCUGCCGACACGGGGCCUUCUCCCUCUUGCUGCUCCUGCUCCUGCUCCUGCUGCUGUUGUUGCGCGCUCUCCUCGUCUUCUGCCGGUGCUUCUGUCUCUUCUGCUGGCUGCUCCGCAGCAGGGGCGGGGAAGUGCAGCGACCCACCCCUUCCCGCACGGCUGGUCGGUGACGGCAUCACCGUACCCAACGACGUCUGCCCAUACACAGUGCCCGUCCUCAAGGCCUUCGGGCUCUUCCCCUCCUCCGUCUCUUGGUUCUCUUGCUGUGUGUGUGGUGGCUGCUGCUGCUGCUGUCUCUCGCCCUCUCCCUGAUCAUGGUCAUGCUCUUCUGGCACGUGUGGGCUCUCUCUCUGUGGGGUAUGGCGGUGUCUGGACGAGGUGUCCUCCUCUUCUUUGCACGGAAUGACGUCCUUUUGUGAGAGGAAGGAUGGGUGCAGCUGUGCGCGGGGGGAGGAGCCGCGGUGGGAGGCCGCCAUCGACCAGGAACGCUUCGCGGGCAACUCGUCUGCACCACAUACCACGACAGAAGAGUGAGUCCACCAGCCUCCCUCCCUCCCUCCCUCCCUCCCUCCUCUGUCACUGACUCGGGUUUGCCUUUUCGAUCCAUGCCACGGCCGUCUGGAAGGUUGCGAGCGCCCAGCCUUCCCGACCCAUCAACAUACGCUGGGGCAAGAACCUGACCAACACACACACAGCACGGCACGGCACGGCACUGUGGACGUAUUCGUGUGCCCACGUGUGCUAACUAAGUGUGGCUGACGGGCUGACCGUUCGGUAUAGGCGAGAUUGAUGAGUAGGUGCGACGGCCGCUCCCGCCACAGCGCCACCAUGAGCAGGUCGAGCUCGACCUCUGCGCUCAUCUUGCUCUCGCCGCCCAUGUGUGCGGCCGACGAUGCUGAGAGGUGGUUGAGGCACCGCACUAGGCUCUGAGCCUUGUCCAGCGGAUCCCAACACAACGACAGCUGCACAGAGGGAAAGACUCACGGUUAUGGCCGGACGGGUGGGUGCGUGGGAUGGUGUGUGGUGUGCUGACCAGGGUGAGCUCUUGCCGCGCUCCGUGCCACACCGACUCAUCCUGCUCCAGCUGUGUCAACGAUACAGACAGACAGAUGGUAUGUAUGGUGGGCGCCUGUGUGUCAGUCGCUGUCUAUCCUUUCUAUCCAUUCAUUCCGUCUCGCUCUCACCGCUGGCUUGAGGUCGACGAACUUCCUGAUGUCCGCUACGGUGCCCAGCAGCUCCAGACGAAAGGUGACACUCCUGUCCCGCUCAACUGAUCCACACACGCGCACUCCAUUCCUUCCGUGUGCGGUUCGCAACUACCCACUGAGCGACUCACUCAGUCUGUCCAGUGCCUCCUGGUGCUCUUGCGGGAGUGCGUCGGAGCAGUGGAAGAGCGCCACGAAGCACGGCGACGCGCAGCUGAAUAUCUUGCGAUGCAGGUGGACAUUCAGGCUCUCCAACGUCAUGGCAAACUCCUCCUGAACACACACACAUAAAUGGGAAGAAGAGGCAUCCAUCCAUCAAGCGUCGACUACCCCCUCUCCCUCCCUCCCUCCCUCCCUCCCUCCCUGCGUACCUGCAGGAGCCCUUUCAUCUCCUCCACCCCCUCCCCGCCAUGUCUGUCCCUCUCCUUCUCAACCGCGCCCACGAAAGCCGCCUCCAUUCUCUCCGCAAACCCCUCCACACCCACACACACCUCCUCCAACAACUGAAUCCCAGCAAACUCCGCACAGUACCCGCCAUUGCCGUUGUCUCGGGCGUGCCUCUGGGUGCCCGCUCGGCUCAUGAAGGCGAGCAGGUCAUGGACCUGGUCGGCCAGAGGGCGGCUGUGGCCUCUGUGUGUGUGCUGGGAGGUCUCGUGGAUCUGGUCGCAUUUGUGGGCGACGGCUGACAGGGUCUCAGUGGUGGACGGCAUACGUGCCAGCAGCCGGUGCAGCAUCGAGUGGUAGAGCCUGACAGAAAGGAAAGGGGUCACACGACAAAGACAUAAGAACCUGGCCUGGCUCUGUGGUAUUCAUUUCAUAUUGUGUGGCUGCGGUGCUUACGGGUAGACGAGGCAGCGAUCUGCCACAUUGUGCUCCCACUCCACCUCGAGCCUCCUCACCAGCGCCUCCCUGACCCCCCCACCGCCGCCACUCUUGCGGGGCGACCCAGAUGUGGCGAGCGACGCGGCCGCGAAGGCCGUCCUCUCCAACAGGGAGGCAUCCAUGUCUGGGUCAGCCGAGCGAGACCUGUCGAUGUGCCUGCUGACCCUGCUGGCGGCCACCUCUUCCUCGCUGGACGACAGGCAGGCUUCAAGGGGGGGGAAGCCUGUGCCACCCUGUGUUGCGGAUGGGAGGGACGGGGGCGUGGACAUGUCUGGGGGCAGCGAUCGGGUGAGGUGGUGCUUCAGGAUCUCCUUCAGCUGCCGGAGCUCCUCGUUCUUGAGGGCGAUCAGCUCCUGCAGAUCUGCAGGCACAUCAAAUCAACAAACACGGCUGGCUGCGUGCCUGUUUGUCUGAGCCUGUCUGUUGCCAGUGGGGGUUCUGUUCUUGAGAACACACCUGCGGUCUUCCUGGUUUCGUCAGCGAGGGCAUGCCUGAGGCUGUCGACGGUCGACACGGCCUGCUCCACGAACUGGCCCCGCUGCUCAUGCUCCAACACACGCUGCACACACAGGACAGUCAGUGGCCAUCUCUCUCCCUCUGUCUCUCUCCACGUACUUUCCUGCCCGCAUCCUGUCUGUACCUGCCUGUGGUAUUCCCUGGCCUCUUGGCUGGGCACCCUCAUCAGCAGAUGCGCCCCCUCGUGCUGCCCCGCUGAGCUCUGACGCUUCACCGACAGCAGGAAGGGCCCCACCUGCAGGUCAGGAAUUCACAUUCUAUCGUGCAGUCAGUCAAAGCCCUCAGCUAUCCUUUAUCUAUCUGUCCGUCUGUCUGUCUGGCUGCCUACCGUGCUGUCGUCCAAGUGCACCGGAGCAGACAGAGUGGUCUCGAGCCCCAACAGCUGAAUGCAUGGAAUCACACACAAAUACAUGCAUUGGCAUGACAUCCACACAAUUAACACAAAAAGCAGCAGUUGACCACCCCUCAGCCCUCCCUGCCUCCGAACACACCUCCCCUCCCUAACCUCAGUAUCCCCCUCGGUGAAGCUCUGCAGUGCGGGCACAGCGAGCAUCGCUUUCCGCAUGACGUCAUCGACCCUGGUUUGCCCUUCACUGGGGACAUCCAGUGUGAGGGGGGCGGUCCGGUGUAGCUGGGGUAUCACCAGCGGCAGGGUGAUGGAUGGCGGCGAGGGAGGCUCGUGGCCGUAUGACAAACUGAAGGAACCCGGCAAC